GGAUGUACGAGGAAGAGAUCAUCAGGCUACGGCGGGAGCUGUUGAUCUUGCAGCAAAAGACAGAGGAGAACCCUCGGAGCAAAGCCCUUGAGGCAGAGCUAAAGUCCAAAGUUGAAGACAUGCGUCGUUAUGAGCAGAUGCUGCUGCAGAGCCAGGAACACACGAGAAUAGCAGAAGAGGAGGGGAAGGAUGUCCUCGACAAGCUCACCAGGCUCCAGCAGGACAACGAGCGACUGCAGGCCCGUGAGAAGGAGCGAGGGAGGGCGCUGGAGGAGCUGCAGCAGAAGAACAGCAGCCAGAUGUCGAUCCUGACGAGCUCGCGCCUUCAGCUGGAGCAGGCUGUGGCGAACGAGAGGCAGAAGCGAGCGAGUCUGGAGAAGGACCUUGGUUUCAUCUAUCAAGAGAUCCAGAGGAGGCAGGCGGAGCUGUCCAAGAGGAGGGAGAGCAAGGCGAGAUUGCUCGACGACCUGCGUCGGGGUCAUCAGUCGCUGCAGGAGGUCCACAAGGUGCAGGAGGACCAGGUUGCGUCCCUUGCAGAGGUCAUGUCUUCUCUGGACAAGAUCAACCUGGCAAUCACUACCAAGAUCGACUCGUUUAUCAACUCGUCGUCGGUUAGGAGGUAUGAAGUGUCGUCGAGAGAGGCUUACACUUGAUCGGGCGGAGAG